AUGGAAGCGCGGCGCCACAGCCAGGAACCCACGGUAGCCAGGGAUCCUCCAUCCGGCGAGGAGUCCGACGACGAGUUCGAGUUCUCCUUCGGGGCCCGGGAGCCUGCAGCCACGGGCGGCGCCGCGAUUCCCGGCGACGAGCUCGUCUACCCGGUGUUCGGCCGCGUCUUCGAGGACGCGCGCACAGCACCGCCGACGCCAGCCGACCGGACGCCGCUGAGGAGGCUGUUCCUCGAGGAGGCGCGCAACUCCUCGGUCGGCUCCAACUCCUCCACCUCCUCCUCCUACUCCUCGGCUACCGCGGACCUCGACGGCGCGUCCCCGGACACCUACUGCGUCUGGACGCCCGGCGCGUCACCGGCGUCCUCGCCGGCCCGGUCGCCGCGGAAGAGCGGCUCCACGGGGUCCCUCUCGCGGUGGCGCCGCGUCAGCCAGCUCGUCGUCGGCCGCAGCAGCAGCGUCGGCAGGGACAAGUUCGGCUUCUUCUCCGCGCCGGCGUCGCCUGCCAGGGAGGAGCAGCCCAAGGCCAAGCCGGCAGCAAGCCCGGGCCGGAAGAAGGGCACCGAGGUCGGCACCGUCGCCGCCAGCCACCGGAUGUUUUACGGCGCCGCCAAGCCCUCCCCCGGCGCGCCAAGGCGGACCUUCUUGCCGUACCGCCAGGAUCUCUUCGGCAUCUUCUCAGCGCCCAAGGGGCUCAGCCGGAGCCAGUUCCAGUACCAGCCGGCGAUCUGACUUCCGAGGAGGCGCGUCUGCUGCCCCGCCGUGACCGUGAUGGCCCCAGUUUGAAUUCAGUGGAGCUGAAAUUUCCAAUCUUUGACACACACCG